AAUUAUCUCUGAAUAAACAUAAAAAAUAUAAUAGUAAGGUUAUACACCACACGUUGUGACGUGUAAUAAAAUACUGACGUUGUUAAAAAAAUAGAUUUUCUAAUGAACUGACAGACAGUACGAGUGUUAGCUCAUUAUCGAAGUAAAUCAAGUUUAAAUUAGUUUUACUACGCAUUUACAUCGAAAUAAUUAAUUGUAUUUUAUUGCAAUUAAUAUUUCGAUCCAAAUCUAAAAACAGUUUUCGAUUUUCUUCAAAUGACAUUUGUGUUCUAUAUUUGAAUAUUUAAUAGGUCCAACCCACACUUCAAGAGUCAUUAUGUUGAUAAAUAUCGUAGCGCAAUCUAUCAUUGUGAUCUGUACUAAUGUUAAGGGAAAAAUCCAAGUGACAGAAAUACUGUUGAUUCAUGUUCGACGCAUAAUUUCGGAAACACCGUAUUAAUCACCACAUGAUCGUGCUUGUGUCAUAAAAAGUAAAAAAACAGAGUCUUCUGAAACUGGUUUGUGCCAAGAAGUAUCAAAAUUUGAAUACAAAUAUAUUACUUUAUUUAUAAUGAUUUGUUUUUGUGUGAUGUAACCUACUUAUAUAUUCGACGAGAAAGAACGUUGACAUGCAUCAUUAUUGGUUCGAAGUUCGCGUGCCUUUCUUAUCUAUGAUUCACAUUCCUUUCAGCGGUACUUCCUUGUUUCUUUGUCAGUAUCAGCGUAAUGUUUGAAUUGUGUAAACGUAGUAAUAUCUACUACGUGUCAUUACCACGGUUAAUGAUCGCAUCGAGUUACCUUGUAAAAUUUAGGUAACUCCUUUUCAUUAUCAGUGCGAAAAUGCUUGAAAGGAGAAGCAACAGUAACGCAACUACAGUUCUUGUUGGACAUCAAAUAGAAAAAGAUGAAUUCGUUUUUGAAAACAGUCAAUUCUAUGACGAACAAAAGAAAUAUAUUAGUCAAAGAUUCGUUGCAAAAGCAGUUAAACACCAGUGUGAUGGAAAUGCAAGCUGCACCAGGAGUGGAAGAAAAUGGUGUAGUUACCAAUUGCGACGAGAGUAUGACCCUAUGCUCUGUGUUGGAGGCUGUUUUCCUACAUGGUUUAAAAGAUAGCCUUUUGAAUCGAGUAACAGAAGUUUUAAGUGGUCCAGAUUUUGAUGCUGUACCACAACCAAGUUUUUGGGGCCCACUGUUAGUAUUUUCUCAUCGACAGAUCAUAGACCAGAUUCAAUCAUUGAGUCAACUUACCACCGAAGUUGGAUAUUGCAGAGCUUGGAUACGGUUGGCAUUAAAUGAAGGUCUUUUAGCUAGCUACCUUUGUUCUAUAAGAAAGGAUAAUGGAGCUUUGAAGCCAUAUUAUAAUCGCUCUGCAUUUAUUAGAGAUACAGAUCUCGUAGAAGUUGCGCAGCGAUUAAUUGAAAAUUUGGAUUAUAUUCACUUUGAACUUGCAUGUAACAGUGGCCUUUUAAACUUCUGGUCAAAUACUCCUCUUUUGUUAGCGGGUAUAUGGUCACCACCAAUGAAAUCUUGUCCAGUAUUUAGUGCAGUAGAUAUUGCAAAAACAAUAACAACUGAAAUAACAGAUGGUGAAAAUGUAGAUGAGGUUGAAGUAGCUAGUUCGAUAGGUAGUUUAGGUUCCUUUAAUUCGUCGCAGUCUGCCCUUAAUAAUUUGGGUAAUAUAACAGAAGAUGAAGCUUUCAAAAUCAUAUUAGCUAACAAAAAAUCAAACAAUGUUGGUAUAGAAAAUUUGGCUAAUAGUUCAAGAAAUACUCCACCUUUGAAGGAGGAAGAAGAACAACAUACACAAAAAGAAAUAGAAAAAGAAGAAGAAGAGGAAGAAGAGGUAAAAGAAGAAAAAGAAGAAGAAGAGGAAAUAAGCAAUAAAAUUUCAAGCAACAGUAGUCCAAAGAAUAAUAUAGAAAUUAAUACAAUUACUAACAACGAAGAUUCACCAAUUGAAAAUAUUACGCAAAAUCAUAAUAGCUUACAUGAUGUUGCUGCAACUACAGUAGGAAAUUCAUUAAUUGGAAGAUUAGGAUGGUCUACGUCGUAUGAAGAUUGUGAAUCUUCUUUAACUUCGUCUAUAAUAUCUCAUGAAUCUAAAACAGAUGCACCCCUGACACCAGUCGAAGGACCUACUUAUGAUGCAAUUAUCCAAAGUUAUCAUACAGCAGGAAAUACAUCUGUACCAAAUCUUGAAGAAUUUUUGAAGAAAUAUCCUAAAAGCCAGCCAACUGAAGAUGAAACUAAAGUUCAAUCAGAAAACAAGGUUACAAUAAAUUUUGAUGACCAAUUGGGAAAACUUCCUAGAGAAAAAGGUUUGGAUGUACAAAAUUAUAGCUGCUUUGAAUGUGGUCAAGCUGUUGGCAUGACUUUUUCAAAAGCACAUGUUUGUUCGUAUUCUGGUAGUUAUUAUUGUUCAAAAUGUAUGUCACAAAAUGAAUUUAUUAUUCCAUCACGAGUAAUCCAUAAUUGGGAUUUAAAAUCUUAUCCUGUGAGCAAAAAAGCUGCUACAUAUUUACACAAUUGUCCAAUACUGCUAGACCUUAAACUCUUAAAUCCACGAAUUUAUAUGGCUGUAGAUACUAUGGCUCAACUGCAAUCAUUAAGGAUUCAAUUAAAUUUAUUAAGAGCAUAUUUGUUCACUUGUCGUGAACCUAUAAUUGAAUCACUGCAAAAGAAGGUUACACCAAGAGACUACUUGUAUGAACAUGUUCAUCAGUAUUCUGUUUCUGACCUUCUUGACAUACCUAAUGGAACUCUUGCACAGCAAUUGCAAAAAGUAGUAGAAUUUGCAAGAAAUCAUGUUGUAAAUUGUUGGCUUUGUAGUCAAAAGGGUUUUAUAUGUGAAAUUUGCAAUAAUCCAAAAGUUAUUUACCCUUUUGAUAUGGCAUCUACAUACAGAUGCGGAGCAUGUAAUGCUGUGUUUCAUGCAGAAUGUUUAAAUGCUAAUAAACCCUGCCCAAAAUGUGAACGUAGACGCAAGAGAAUGGACCUUCCACUCCUAGAUGUGGGACGUACAGAAUUAUCAGUGGAUAUUGCACCAACAGUUUCAAAUGAUACAAAAGAAUAAAUACAAUAUUUAAUAAAAUACUUUUGCUUUAAAUUAUUUAAAUAUUUCCUUUUUGUAACACAUGUAUAUUUUUAUUCAAAUUUAUUUUUCUAACAUUUAUGAAUACAUUAUAUCUAUGUCAUAUAAAUAUUAUCUAAUGAUAUGAAUAUGUAAAUACUUGUUAUUUCUAGUUUAUAUGGUUAUCUGGUUAAUUCGUAUGUACUUAAUAACUAACAAAUUAAAUUUUGUAUUUGAUACUAAUUUUUAUAGGGAUAAGAUUUAAAAUGUGUAUAAGAAAUAUGUAUGUUUAUGUAAUAUACAUUUUAUUAAAAUUUUAUGUACAAAAAGUAGUAAAAUAUAUUUAUCAAAUUAUUUUAUAUGUAUUCUAUUUAAUACUGCUGUUAUAUUCAUGUAAUGUAACUCACUAUACUUUAUAGUCCAUUGACACGCAGUUUACAUGUAUAUGUAUAUCCUAACAUUUAAAAUGUAAAUAAUCAGAUUUGUAUAUACUGGUCCACAGUUUCAAAAUGUUAAUGCUAUUGUUAUUGAAGUUUGAGCAGCAUAAUGAAUAAAAUACAUCUGUAUUAUAAUUGUUACUAAUAUACUCAAUAUAUAUAAAAUUCUAUAUCCAAUGAAACUUUAUCAUUGUAUUAUUGAAAAAAAUAUGAAACAUCAAGUACCUCAUAGACUAGAAAUAAUCCAUAUUUCUAUAAGAAGAGUAUAAUAAAAAUGUAUAUAAUUCAUUCGUGUAAGUAAAAUAUAAAACAAAAAAUGUAGAGA